UGCCAGCAUGUGGCAUACAGUCGGUCGCAAACGCCGCGAUGUCCGGCCGCCUGCAUCGCCGGCUGCGCUGUUGCCUGCUCGGCGUCUUGACUGUAUUGGCCAUGCAAUUGCUGAUUGUCGUUUUGGUAGUGCGCUUUGGCCUAAUCGAUGAAUUAAUCAGCCAUCGAUUGCUGUUGCAGCAGCAACAACUGAGCCUACACCAACUCGAAUGGCGCGAGUUUAUUACGCAUACGCCCGAUCAGCCGCACGCACUCUAUCAAUACAAUCGCCAGCUGAGCGACAAUCUGGCUGCCGUGCGUCUCCUGCCAACGACACGACAUCACAGCUGCAACAGGCGCCGCUAUAGGCUGCCUCAAGCCAGCCGGGCCAAGCUCAGCGUUGUGAUUUGCUUUCAUAAUGAGGCGCGCUCGAUGCUGCUGCGCACGAUCUUAACGCUGAUCAGUCGAACGCCCGAGGAGUAUCUGCACGAGCUCAUUGUCAUAGACGACGGCAGUGAGGAUGCCGGCCUGCUGGCGAGUCUCGAACGGCACAUGACCGCAGCAAAUGUGCAGCGGGGGCGGCCCACACUCAUCUUCAGACGCAAUCUGAGCCGCAAGGGCCUGAUUUGGUCACGCAACGAGGGCGCUCGGCUGGCCAGCGGCCAUUAUUUGCUGUUUCUGGACAGUCACUGCGAGGUCAAUGAUGGCUGGCUGGAGCCCCUGCUGGAGAGGCUGGCGCUGAACUCUAGGCUUGCGGUCAGCCCGGUGCUGGAUCCCAUUGAACCCGAGACCUUGAGCUACAUGGCCGGGAAUGAGUUGCUGAAAGGCGGCUUCGAUUGGAGCCUGCACUUCCAUUGGCUGCCCCGGGUGCUGGCCGAGAAGGAGGCGCUGGCGCAGCCAUAUGCCAGUCCAGCCUUCGCGGGUGGCAUCUUGGUGAUCUCGCGCGAGUCGUUCCACAAGCUGCAUGGCUUCAAUCCGCAUCUGGAGAUUUGGGGUGGCGAGUCCAUUGAGUUGGCCAUUAAGUUGUGGCUUUGCGGCGGACAAAUUGAGAUCGUGCCCUGCAGUCGAAUUGGACAUAUUUUCCGGCCGGCCCAUGCCUUUGAGUUUCCACUUCAGUUCGGGCAGGAGCAGAAGCAGAAGCAGGAGAAGGAGCUGGAGCUGGAACAGGAGCUGGAGAGGGUGCAGCUGGACAGCGCACAGGCGACAUAUUUGCGCAAUUCAAAAAUCAUAGCCGAGUCCUGGCUGGACGAGUACAAAUAUUUGUUCUACGCCCUCAAACCGUCGGCCAGGCAAAUUCCAUUGAAUCUCCGCACAGUCAGCCAGCCCAGCUACGAUCCGGCACAGAUAAAAGCUGAACUGAACUGCCGGCCCUUCGACUGGCUCAUGCGACAUGUGAGCCCAGAGCUGAGGCUGCAGCACGCGAACCUCAGCGCCCUCGGCACCCUGCGCAACGCCGACCGCUGUCUGCAUGUGGCUGGCACGGAGCCCCAGCUGCAGCUGCAGCUGGCCAGCUGCCAUGGCCUGCAAGUCACGCAGUGGCAUUUGCAUCAGGAGAGCGGACAACUGAGCACCAGCGAGCAGAGGCUCUGCGUGGCUGUCGAUGCUGCCGCAAAGCAGCCGCAGCUGAGCUUAGAGCCCUGUCGUGCCGGGCAGGGGGGGCAGCAAUGGCUGCGGCGCAACACACAGCUGCAGCAUGCUGGGACGCAUCUUUGCCUGGAUAAUCCGCUCAAGGAUCAGCUACUGCUGAGCCAUUGCCGACCACAUGCGGUCUCCCAAUCAUUUCAAUUUGCAUUGGAAAUUCAGGCACAAAGCUAAACCCGUUAAUGUCCUGCAGAUUGAGCCACAGUCGCCCGGCCGUUGGCAACUAAUCAAAACGCUGGCUUGUUGUGCUAAUCUCUGUGAAAUAUUUCCGUUGCCGCAGUUGCCAUAGUUUAUCGCCAUGGGAGGCUUUAAAUAAUGGACGAAGAGAGAGAGAGAGAGCGAGUGAAAGAGAGAUGGAGAGGAAAUGCUGUGUGUUGUGUUUUUGUAGAGUCUACGUUUUGCUAUCAAGACUUCGCACGCUUCCUGUCGCAUCCGUCACACGCGACAGCGCACAAUGGAGCUGCAGACAGAUAAAAGACAACAACGGGCCGCGUAUUGUUUAGAAGUCUACGGCAUCAGUCAACUGCUCGAACAAUGCGACGCUCUUGCAUUUUUUGUUGUUGUUGUUGUUGUUGUGGCUGCUGCUGUGGGUGCUGUGAGCUGGGUUGGGGGCUCGGAGCAACAUCAAAGUCGCCGCGCGGGUCGCAAAUGUAAUUGAGUUGAUGACUGCCCGGCGAGCUUCCGGAUGCUGACGACAAAAAAGCGGCGGCAACACAAUAAAACCCAAGGAAUGCAAAAUGCACCGAGAUCUGGCAGACUGCCGGCAGCCGAGCAGUCGGGCAGCAUGGCCUGUCGGACAACCUGCAGGCCGAACAGAUUUCAACUCGAGUAUUGUUUUCUUUAGCCAUCUUUGCGGUAAUAAAGCGUAAAAGCUAA